AGUAAGACCUGAAUGGCGCUGAUGGGGGGAUUGCAUGGGGAGAACCAAAGGGUGCGACGUGCAUGGUAGGAAUUAGGUGCAGGGCAAGAUGACUUGCAGUGUAAGAAUCGAAGGGAGCGAGGAGACAUUCGGAGAAAAUUCCUAAAAUUUUAUGUAGAUAUCACCACUUCGUUCCAUUUUGCAAUCCUUCGUAAUAAAACGGGAAACAGACCCACCAUUUAACAUGCCAUCGAAAAUUACAAAGGAAGAGAAGAAAUAACUUAUUCAAGGUUAAAACGUGAUUGCGUCUUGCCACUUCUAAGAUGAGCCGGUUCUUGAACGUACUUCGUAGUUGGCUAGUUAUGGUUUCCAUAAUUGCCAUGGGGAACACAGUGCAAAGCUUCAGAGACCACAGUUUCCUUUCUGAAAAAUUGUAUACAGGCAAGCCAGGCCUUGUAAAUGGUCUCCAAGCUCGAACCUUUGGCAUUUGGACCUUGUUGUCUUCUGUGAUUCGCUGCUACUGUGCCAUUGAUAUCCGCAACAAGACCCUCUAUAACAUCACGCUUUUGACUUUCUUCAUUGCCCUGGGCCACUUCCUCUCUGAGUUGUUUAUUUAUGGCACAGCAGCUGCAACGAUUGGUGUCCUGGCACCCUUAAUGGUGGCAAGUUUCUCCAUCCUGGGGAUGCUGAUUGGGCUACAGUACCUGGAGGUAGAAGCCACAUCACAUAACAAGAAACGGAAUUGACAUUACAUCACCUGUCUUCCAAUCUGCCCUCCAAUCAUCUUCCAGUGUCUACCAUAUUAUCUUCCUGAUCUACGUUUUCGAGCCUGUACCAUAUAAGACAGAACAUUCUUAGAUUUCCCUAUUGGUUAUUUUAAUUCCCAUUUAAUUUUGAUAUGAGCAGAUAAUGGCAGAAAAAUAGUUUUGAGCAGUUCCUCCAAAUUGGGCAUGGGGAGCAGCAUCUUAAAGCAUCAUGAGAUGUAGCAGAAAAGCCAAAUGAAGUUGUUCCAGGUGAAGGUUAUAGAUUGCCUCUCUUGACAUUCUGAUGGCAAAAGAUAGAAAAAGCAGUGUUGCCCAAAAUUUGCUGAAAGAGGGGGCAUGUAAUGUCUCCAUGGCACUCGGCACAGUUGUCCAUAAGUAUGGCUUGCCAUAAACGAAAGGGAACUGGGAAAACUUGUGAGGAAGAAGUAUUUCAUGUCUGAGCUAAAUCCAAAGUACCUUAUAAAUUAUUUUUGAAGAUUAAAGAUAAAGAGCGAAGCUUGGACCUUUUUUUCCUUUAACAGGCUACUUGUUUAGGUAACUGCUAUCUUCCAGUUCCUGUUUCCUUUCUCUGAAAAUAGCAAUUUAUUUAAUUGCUAUUCUUUUCUAAACAUAUAUGAGAACUGAAACAGUCUAGGCAAGGCAAGUGCAUAACAAGCCAAUAUUUAUUUAAAAAUAAAGCUGGUAACUCUUCUAAAAAGGGGGCUGCUGAGGACAUAGAGCAAAUAAGUUUCUGCUUCUGUAAAAAGAGGCAACAAUUAUGACUUUUUCAAUGUAAUGAUUGCUGCUAUUGUGGCUAUACAAAGUAUCUGGUUCUGUCCUUUCACAAUGGAAUGGACAUUAGUAAUGAAAUGGAUUCUCCUUCUGUUCCUAUAUCUUCCCACAUAGUCACAAAAAAUAUUUUUAUCUAUUUUUAUUCUAAUUUUUAAAUUGGUGGUUUUAAUGGUUUUAUAUAUUAUUGAUUAUGAAUAUGCCACCCAGAGUAAUUGUGUGAGAUGAAUAGCUAUACAAAGAAAGAGAUGACAGACACACUUUGGAAAUCAGAGAGUAUCUGAAGCAGAUUUGGGAAAUGUACAAAAAAAACCAGAAGGGAUGAAUGGAAUCCUGCCCUGCAUGAUCAAAAAUCUCAUCUCAGAUGGCUGUAGCCCACAAUUAAGUAUUUAUCUACCUCUCUUUACCAGAGUGUUACAUGUUAACACUGGUGCAUAAUUUGGCAGUUCGAUUGUCAUCUGAAAUGGCUAGGUAGUCAUUAAAACCAAUUAUACCAGCUGUCAGUUUGCUAACAAGAUCAGUUUCAAACAUGACAGAAUGAUUAUCCUGUGUUUAUCUACUUGUGCAUUAUCUUCAGAUGAGAACUUUUUCUUUCAAACCUAAAAAGAUACAUCAUGCAUCCACAACAGAGAUGGCCUAUUUUGUGAUGGCAUCCUUUUCUGCAGAGCACUGUGAAUAUACAGGUGAGAUUACCUGGUAUUCAUAACAUGCUUUAUUUCUCCAGCCACCUUAACUUGAAAUCAUUUUUGUAAUUGGUUAAAUGUGCCUCUCAAUUUUAUUAAUGUUUGUUCCUUUAAUAUUGUAUUGCAUAUGUUUUCUGUGCUGACUUUUGUGCGAAGUGCUUUAUACAUUUUUAAAUAAAUAUACCUCCCUUAUAGAAUUUUUUGGCUGGGAUGCUCAAAGGCAAGUGUCUCAGCCUCAGCCAAGAUAAAAGUUUUGAAGGUGAUCACAGAAGCAGCUUAACCCAGUCUUCCCUAAACUAGUAACCAAAUGGUUGGAAUUACAACAACCAUCAGUCCCAGCUAAUAUGGGCAAGAUAGUGGAUUAGAGGGACUGUAGCUGAAAUUCUCAACAUUCCAGGAAGCUAUCUGAAUCUUUCAUUGGCUUUCUUCCUACAUUCUAAAUUUUUUAGUAGUAACCAAGUCCUGCGAGGAACUAUUAAAGGAAAUCGGUAUACUUAGUCUGCAGAAAAAAUUGAGGAGAGAAGAGGUAUAGAGGGAGUGGAUUUGUCCCAGAGGGCGGAACUAGAACCAGUGAGUUGAAAUUAAAGGAAAGUAAAUUCAGAUUAGGUAUUGGACAGGAAAUUCCUAUUUACUUUGGUAAUUAAUGUAAUAUGUUGCCUCAUGAAAUGGAACAUUCACUGGAGGUCCAAUAACUGACACCAAGCAGAUAGUCUUGAUUUUUCAAUAUCUCACAAUUCUAUGAAUCACUUGUCAGUUUCCCCAAAUGAUUGUUCAUUUUCAUUUUGUUUAACAAAGCUUUGUAGCUUAAAUUGUACUCACAGGAUAGAUAAGGAAUGAAAACAUAUUUACUUUUUAAUGCAUGUUGAUAGGUGAAAUAAGGACUUUAUGGUGUCUAGUAUUUAUUCCAGAUGAAUUACCUUACAGAACAUGAUAAGCAAAUGAAAUUUAACAUACGGAAAAAUGUAAAUUAACCCUUAAACUAGUACAACUUGCAAUGUACUAGCCUUGGUUCAUACAGCAUAGUAGACUAAAAAGCGUUUGGCUGGUUUAUGAUUCAGAAUAUUGUGCUAACUUAGCCAAGAUGAUUAGUCUGAAAAACUUGAAAAAACUGACUGACAUAUGGAUUGUUUUAAAUUGUUUUAUUUUUUAAAUAAUCAUUUUCCUCAGUUUUUUGUGGCCGCACAUCUCUGUAAGCCCAAGUUAAAAAUAAACUAAAACAUCAAUUAUA